AUGCCAGGUUGCUUCGUCCUCCCGUUUCUCCUGCUGGUCGUCGCUUCCGGCGCCCAUGACGACGCCGGCCGGCCACCCAUAGACCGGAGAAGCUUCCCCAAGGGGUUCGUCUUCGGGACGGCCUCGUCGGCCUAUCAGUACGAGGGUGGUGCAAUGGAGGGGGGCAGGGGACCAAGCAUAUGGGACACCUUCACUCACCGACAUCCAGAUAAAAUUGCUGACAAAAGUAACGGGGACGUGGCAGACGAUUCCUACCACCUUUACAAGGAAGAUGUACGCCUCAUGAUGGAUAUGGGAAUGGAUGCAUACAGGUUCUCUAUCUCGUGGACACGAAUUCUUCCAAGAGGAACUCUGAAAGGUGGGGUCAACAGGGAAGGCGUCAAAUAUUACAACAACUUGAUCGAUGAGCUCCUGUCCAGAGGGGUGCAGCCAUUUGUGACCCUUUUCCACUGGGACUCUCCUCAGACAUUGGAAGAUAAAUAUGGAGGAUUUCUUAAUCCUAGUAUCAUAAAUGACUAUAAGGACUAUGCUGAAGUGUGCUUUAGAGAGUUCGGAGAUCGAGUGAAGCACUGGAUCACGUUCAACGAGCCCACGCAGUUCUGCGUUGGCGGGUACGCAAGUGGCACGUCAGCGCCAGGGCGUUGCUCGCCGUGGGAGAAGGGAAAAUGCAGCGCCGGGGAUUCAGGAAGGGAGCCUUACACCGCAGGCCAUCACCUGUUGCUCGCUCAUGCAGCGGUCGUCAGACUGUACAAGGAGAAAUACCAGGUUGUUCAGAAGGGGGAGAUUGGAAUAACUUUGGUCUCAAGCUGGUAUGUUCCCUUCUCACGUUCGAACUCCGACAGUGAUGCAGCGAUACGCGCCAUAGACUUCAAUCUUGGAUGGUUUAUGGACCCGCUCGCCAGAGGAGACUACCCCCAAAGCAUGAGAGCAUUGGUCGGAAACCGACUUCCGCGGUUCAGCAAAGAACAAUCUGAACUGCUCAAGGGCGCGUUCGACUUUAUUGGACUCAACUAUUACACUUCGAGCUAUGCUGGUAAUCUUCCUCCACCCAAUGGUUUGAAGAACAGCUACAAUACUGAUGCCCGAGCUAAUGUUACAAGUGUUCGGAAUGGUGUCCCUAUAGGUCCUCGGGCUGCUUCACCUUGGCUCUACGUCUAUCCUCGAGGGCUUCGUGAGCUGGUGCUUUAUAUCAAGGAUAACUAUGGCAAUCCUGCCAUCUACAUCACCGAAAACGGCGUCGAUGAAGCCAACGACAAGAGCUUACCGCUAGAGGAAUCCCUGAAGGACUACGCCAGGAUAGAGUACCACCACAAGCAUCUUAUUGCUCUGAUGAGCGCCAUAAGGGAUGGCGCAAACGUGAAGGGGUACUUUGCAUGGUCGCUGCUUGACGACUUCGAGUGGUCGAGCGGAUACACUGUGCGGUUCGGGUUAAACUUCGUGGACUACAACGAUGGGCUGAAGCGUUACCCCAAGCUCUCCGCCCACUGGUUUAAGAAGUUCCUGAAGAGAUGA